CGACCGAUUAACGAGGGAGAUGACACAGGAGGUCCUUCUCGCGCCGACGUGGAAAUGGUCAAUAUGGUAUCAGUGAGGAUCCUUGUGCAGCCAUUAGUCGUUUUGUUGACAUUGAAAGGUGUCACCGGACAAUGGGGCGGAGUGGAGUCUAUGGUCGGGCCAGGAUUCAUGGGUGGAGGAGGAUUUGGCAUGGAGCUAGGAGGAGGAAUGGGCGGAGGAAUGGGCCAAGGAGGAGUAGGGGGUAGCGGGGUCGGAAGGAGUGCUGCACCUCGAGGAACGGGGGGUAUGGGUAUGCCAGGGGGAUUCCCACUGAUGUCCUUAGACCAACUAGCGGAGUACAACGAGAUGCCUUACUUCCAGCGCCCUCUAGCGGCCCGGAUUGCGUCAGCGCAAUGGAGAUCCCAGAUGCCGUCUAUGCUAGGACCGGAUCCGCUCCAAGGGGGAUGGCAGCUCCUUGGGCCAACCCCGACGGUCACAGAGAAGCCUAAACGGUAUAUGUAUCCAAGACUAGGGAAUGAACCAAAAGGUCCCGUUGGUCCAGACAAACAUGCAUGGAAAAAGCUCAAGGCUACCUUUGACAAAACAUUGUCGGUGUUCCCGACUCAGCAACGGAAUAAUUUGAAACAAAUUCACAGUAGAUUCACCCAGGAGCCAGCCCAUCCCACUCAGUCUAAUGUCAAGACUCACUACCCAGCUUCCGGCUUUCAGAGCAGGCCUCCUCAUGGACCACACACACACAACACACACAACGCACACAACACACACAACACACACAUCACUCACAACACACACACUGCACCACACCCACGUCUUGCAAGUCGAGUUCCAGGUAGCCAUUUUACGACUAAUGUCAAACCUUAUGCCGGUCCUACACAUCAGUCUCUGCCUACGAAUGUCCAUGCGCCAAACCCCCAAGUCCCCUCCUCACCUCAGUCGGUGUCUCCUUCAGCAGGAGGUGUGUUAAACACAAAGCCGCAGCCCAGCACUGGUGUCAAGUACAAGCACACCGUCCCGGUUUACCCUGCCUUUCAGCAGACUAGUGUCUCACAACAAAAUCAGCCCAACCAGACACAAUAUAAUUCAAUGCCAUAUCAGGGUUCGGGAAAUAUUCCAACGAAGCAAUCAUCUGCUUUUACAUCACGAGGGAUAGUUCAAAGCGGAAGGCCUGUAGCGUCCAGUAGUUUAGCCCGAACUGGUUCCCAGGCCUCGUCUGUAAGGGGUGUGUCCCAACCUAUUCAUAAACCAGCCUCGGGAUUAAAUCAGUUAUACGUACAGUCGAACACUGGGUUAUAUAACUUACAAGGUAUCAAGGCCCCGGAUGUAGGAUACAAUCAAUUUGGGCAAUCCAACUCUGCAAUAAUCCUAAAUCCAAAUCCUAAUCCUCAGAUAGAAUCCAUGAGACAGGCUGUGCAGAAUGGAGCAAGCUUUGGAACUGUUUUGAAAUCAAACAAAACGGCAGGAAUCGUUUCCACUAUGUCCCCAUCCACAGCAGCACCACAACAGACAAAACCGCGCGCUGUACAACCGCCCACACCGUUGGAUGCGUUAACCCAAGCAGCGGAAGGACCAUCUAUAUUUAACCUCAACUCAGUUAAACUUAAUGGCGUAAGAAUUAGAUCCGGCAUCCCUGAUGCAAUUCCAGACUCAUACAUUUCUGUUACAAGUUCUCCCUAUCUGGAUGCCGGUAAUUUGUAUGGCAUGAGACAGGCGCCACAAUUCACAACACAGUCAUGGGGCUAUGCUUCUCCGGUGACCUACUACCCUAUUCCCCAGACUGGGUACCCAGACUAUUUUACGCAGGCUCCUUAUUACCAGGGGUAUUAUGAGUUUAACCCGGCACUGAACCAAGUCGCUUCAGGCACUGUAGGUUCUGACUAUAUACACGGGGGUUUAGUGCUCCAGCAGAGCCAGAACUCUCUAUAUCAGAUGGGCCAACCAGCCAGGAAAAUAACCACACUAACACCAGCUACAUCAACCCUAUACGAUCCAACAACACGAGCACCGAUCACACAACCAACAAAAUUGUCAUCAACCACACAGGCACAAGUCACACAGCCCCGGACCACAUCACCAUCAACCUCACAAACCACAUCGACACAACCACCUACCACAACUAGUGGGAAGUUGACGACACAAUCAGUUUCUAUGUUACCGUCUUCUAAGAAGGUUGAGGAAGCUACUCCGCUACCAACACAGGCAACGCCACGUCCAUCACCGUCUUCCCCACUGCUACACAUGAGCCCACGUUCACAGAAACUGAAUCCCGAGAGAGCAUCACUAUAUCGAGACAGACAGGUAAAUAUCAGACCUGAGUAUCUCCUACAAAGAGACAGAUACCGGGCUGUAUGGAAUGUCAGACCCAAUCACACCAUGGGUCAAAGGCCAAGUCAUAUUAAACCAAAUCCGAACCCUCGUUUUCCGUUAAGGCAGCCUACAACUGAAGGUACAUCGAAGCUGAUUACUUCAACUGCAGAACUGAUACCGACAUCAACAAGUUCCACGGCAGAACUGGUACCGACGACAGCAAGUUCAACUGAAAAAACAAUUUUCCCGUCAACAGCAGACCCAACAGCGGAACCAACAGCAAUUCCCACUGAAAACAGCUCAACAUCGGCCACCACGAACAGUUCAGUCCAGCAAAAGACCGAAGGACCACCAGCCAUGGGAACUGUUACCGAGGGCCACAACCUGACGAAGCCUCUUCAGGAAAACGCUACAUCUUCAACCAUAGUCCAGUCCAGUUCGUACCAAGAAGUGUUUAGUCAAAGACACCAGCAGUUUGACGCUCAGAUUCAGAAUAUGGACAGACUAGAAAUGCUUGCCCAAGAGAAUGUUGAUUCGCAGACUAGAAAAUCGGUAACAACAAAUCCUUUCGUCAACACACAUCCGACCACCGAAGGCUUGAGUCAGACACCUAAGUCAGCCACACCUACAGCAACAACGUCAAUACCGGUGCCCGAGUCUACAACACGUGUCACCGUAUCGACAGCCACUGCGUCUUCAUCAGCACCUCUUACCACUAUCCAGACGCCGACGACAGUUACAACUACUUCACCGCCUACAACGUCACAAGUUAAUGUAUUAGAUACAGAAUUUACGACGUCACACUACACAGAUUAUCUUAUCAGUGCGGGUAGGAACCCUACAUUGAUCGGGCAGUCAUUGGUCCUAGCACAAAAUAGGUUUGACCCACGCGUCCAGGGACAUCUGAACGUGAGAGGUCGAAUUGAACUAAGUGACCAAAUGCAGUUUUCUGGUAAUGGUGAACCACAAGACGGCCAUCUUGCUUUGAAGCAAAUGGGAAGCAAUAUAGGAAUCACGGUAAAACCAGUUCUUACUCAACAACCUACAAUACCUCCAGGAAGAAGGCACCCCAGCUUACCACGCCGGUCAUCUUUCAUCAACAAUGCUCAGACAAUGAGACAACACACGCCAAUGCAGACUUCAAUCCGAAACAUGUCCGGGUUGUACGCAACCCCAGCUCCCAAAUUUCCCCUGAAUACGAGAACAACGAGUGUACAGUAUCAGUAUCCUCAGCGUGCGGUGCAACCACUUCGAGCCUUCCCCGUUAACAAGCAAACCAUGGCUAAUUCCCAACGAUUUGGAAGCCAGGCUGUUUUACCAAGAAACCACUUUCCUCAAAGGCAGCCUGUAAGGGUGCACCCACACAGAGUCACACAACAACCAUCUUUCCGCAGACGAAAUUUCACCAAACCGACAUUCCCUCAUAAAACUGUACACAAUACGUUUCGAAAUUCAUUACACAAAGGGUUACAUCCAACUCACAAUUUCAUGAACCACCCUGGAAUGACGAGAGUUCAUGGUCUAAAGCCAGGGUUGCCAACAGCCCUUGGAGGUCAGGGCAACCCGAGACAUUCAUCUAAAGUGACAACUAGACCCGUCCCAGGCACACAUCGGGCAAAUACUGGACGGAAGAAUGUUCCUUAUACUAUUGCAGCAUCUGUACAGCCAGCUCAUCCUCCAGAAUCUGUCCAAGUGAGAAACACUGUGUCCAAGACGAGACCACAUGGUGGGAAACCAACUGUGCCCCACAGUCAUCCUAGCAGUGAACCUAAAGGAAGACCAGGCCAUCCUUCCGCGACUCGUCCCCACCUGAAACACACAGCACCUUCUCCACGGUCACCCCCGCUACCACAGAGACCCCCAUCUAGAUCCAAUGCCAUAGCCUCAACUGAACACCCACGAGGUCAACUUUCUGCAUUGAAUAGUGGCAUUAGUAAACUAGCAUCUGCAAUACUGACCAGACAGACACAAGCCGUACACCAUUCAACGAUUCCAAGAGCAGUUGGUCAAAAGGGUCAUCAUCACACAGCUUCCCGCCAUCCUGCUGCACACCCACAUCCGCGGCAUCGUUCAAUGUUACCACAACCAGCGCCGACGUCAGCCCAACAUCGUCCUCUACUGUACUCUACUCUGGGGAGUUUCACAGCGGCGGCCAAGACUCAUCAGACCUUGCGUGUAGGGAACCCCGCCAAUCAGAUUAAGCUGACGUCAGCUAAUCCCCGGCCUCAGCAUCCAACAUCCGGCAAGUUAGAGAUUCGACAAAUGAAAACGGGCCAACCAACUCCAAGAGCCAUCCAGCCAAAAGGCUAACUGCUGCUGCUUGGAGGGAGGAACAUCGUGAGAUGCCCUGUACACCUGUCUGUAUAUGAAGACUACAACCGGGCUGUGUUUCCCAGUGUGUUGGCACCGCAUGGUUCCUGUACAUGUUCCUUAAAUAGUGAUUCAGUGGCGGAUCCAAGCUCUACGAACCAAGAUGUGGAAGUGUGUGUGCGGGUGGGGGUUGGGUGUCGUGUAAUGGUGUUCGAAAGAAAUAGAUACAAGUAUCAUGAGCCCCAAAUGAUGUGAUUAUAUGACUGAAAUAAAUAGUAAUUGACCAUUAUCUGCCACUGCUAUUAUCAACAACCCCGCCCCUACCCCGACUCUCGUCACUAUGCCCCACCCACGCCAACCACAGGCUCUACACACACACAGUAGUUAAUAUUGCAUCCUCCGUAAAGCACCCCCUCCCCACAAUGCCCCACCCCAAAAUCCCCAACCCCCGCCAAAACACACACACACACACACCACACACACACACACACACACACACACCACACACACACACACACACACACACACACACACACACACACACACACACACACACACACACACACACACACCGUUAAACAAGCAUGGAUCCGCCGCUCACUUAACUGUUAUGUCUACUGAAAACAACCUAUAUUUGAUUUGUACAAACAUAUAAUGGAUUCUAUUUCAUCUUAAUAAAAUGUCAUUAUCGUCAA